AUGGCAUCUCCAUCUUCGUCAAGUUCCCAGCGAUUUAGAGACUCGGCUUCCAACGCGUCAAAGAAGCCAACCGUGCUGGAAGCAUCGGCCACGUCCGCCAUAAUCGCAUCUCCAUCCUCAUCAGCCUCCCAAGAAACGACUGCUCUGGAUUUCGUCUUUCCUGGGUACUGGAUGAGUCCGCUCCGCGUCCUAUUUUCUGGCGCAAACCAGGGUUCUCCCAGGCUGUUUCUCGAUCUGAACAUAAAGGUGUCUGGUAGUUUUUCGGCUGAUGUGUUUGGGAACUUUUGCUUUAUGGUGAAGGGUGAAAACCGACGUGUAAAGCAUAAGCGUGGGUUGAAGUUGUACUUUGUUGUGAAAAGGAAGAGUUGGACUAUGAGCUAUCAAUGGAUAGGCCGAGAUCGUGCUUUAUUGUGA